AUGCUGGCACUUCUUGCCCUCUUAAUUUCGGGCGUUUUAUUUGCUACACUCAGUCAAGGCUCUUCAAUUACUCUACGCGCCAGUGCUGGCUGUACCUUUCAUCUGUCAACGGGAGGCGAUGCUCCCUUUUGGAUUGGAGAGUUGCCUGAUGGACAGUGCCGAGGAGGCAGCGACAUUCAGGCAACCACAUUCACGUGGUUUGGCGACGCUUUCUUGGACCAGCAAGGACGUGGCUGCUGGUGGACACCUCCCACAAAUGUCCUCCAGUGUGAUGUUGGCCAACAGCCGAGCCACGGCUUUGAAAUUCCCUGCAAUGGAGUUGUGACAUACAAUGGACAAUCGACAUUCUAUCAGUGUAGAACAGGAGACGGGGAUCAAGUCAAUAUCUACCUGCAAUCCAUUGGCAUACAAUGCCAGCCAAUAACAAUUAUAGCCGACGGAUGCACAGCUUGUCAGACUUCCCCGGCUGGUGGCGGCGCAGCAGCUGGACCACAACCUGCCUCGACUGUCAGUCCUUCCAACAUCGUGUCGAGUGUGACCCCAUUCACCACCGGCCCGGACAGUACUGCAAGCACGCCGACUGCGACCAAUCCAGGUAAUGGUGGUACUGGUCCAAGCCCAACACCCUUGGCACCGCCCGCAAAAGACUGUUCAGCAGAUCUCUCAAGUGCAUACCACAGCCCAUCGCUAAUGAUUCCCAUCGACCGCGCCAAUCCAGAUAAAGCCUAUGGACCGACGUUAUACGGCCAAAUCUCGCCCAAUGCAAGCACCAUCUUUGACUUUGAUAUCCCGGCCUCGGACGCCGGUCGGUCCUGCAAAGUCUUCUUUUCCAUGCCCCCGCAGUCGGUUCUACAGAGCGCUCAAGCGGGUGGCUACUAUUUCACUGGAGAUGGUUCCGUCCUGUUCAGCCGCAUGGGAACUCUUGCCACCUCCGGGACCACUUAUAAUGAUGUUGCAUUUGGGCGUAUCGAACGGCGUGAUCUAGGCGCGCUAGUCGUGAGCCCGGGCAACAACUACGUGAUUGAGACAUUCGAUUGUGCCAGUGCCAUAGGCACUGGUGUCAGUUACAUGCUCGCCGAGCCUGCCGGACGAGAUACGUGCUUGGUCUACUAUCAAGAAGGGUCGCCGGUACCUGUGGGAAUGUUUAUAUCAACCUGUUAG